AUCUUGUCUGAAGAGCUCAUUAUCAUGGACGUCGCCUACAUGCACAAUUGGGACCGAACAGCGCCGAUGCGCUUCUUCUAUCGCUACCUCACGAAACGGCCGGCCGACGCGAGCGCGCCCGUCGCCUCGCCCAGCAAGCGACGGCGGCCGGAGCUAGCGCAGGCUGCGGAGCCGGAGUCGUGCCCGAUGGACACCGGCUCCGGCGACAGCGACAAGGAGAACGUCGAGAACGACGCGCGCGCCGCGGCGCCUCCGGACGCAACGCUGCCGGGCGCCGGCGCGGCGCGGACAACCGUGAAGCCGGGGGAAGCCGAAGCCCCGGGGCAGUCAGUGACGUCAGCUGUGACGUCAGCGGUGUCGGAGCCGGCUGGGGCGCGCCGGCCGCCGCCGCUCGGCUGUGUGGGACCGCAGACCGUCGGCGCACCCGGCGCCGAUGGCAGGAAAUCCGAUGUUGCGGCCACAGUGGGAACGGGGAGCUCUGUUUUCUCUGAAAACGAGUCGGGGAAGGAGGUGACGCUGGUCUCCACCGGCGGUGCUGGACAGACUAGUGCUGCGGACAACAGCCAGGGGAAUGGGGUUGUUGUAUCUGUUAGGGAUGAGGAGAACACGGCCGCUUCAAAAGCCGAUGCUAGGCUCCCAUGCGUCGCACCCAGAGAUGCGUCGUUGGAUAUGCAAAACAGCGAUGACUCAAAGCCAUCAUUCGUCAUGCCUAAUGGAGCAAUAACGAAACCGAAGGCUUCCCAAGAGUCACCCGAGUCGCAUCCAAGGAUUCCUCAAAACGGUGAUAUGUCCAAGCGGGCUGCAGCCGUGAGCAGCGCUGUUUCCAAGUCCAGCGCGGCUCAGCUCGUCAGCACUCCGAAACACAGCGCGUCGCCGAAUGGUGACCUUCAGAAGCCGAUCGUGGCGCCAAAUAUCAUUGUUCCCAAACCACUCACUUCACAGAAAGGUAGCGCUCCUUGUCACGUCGGGAAAUCCAGCCUAACCCGUGUCGGAAAUCCUAUCAGACCCAUCGCUCCAAAGAGCGUUAGCGCCGCCAAACCUGGUGUGCCCCCGAGUGCCACUCACAAGUCUGCUGUCCCGCAAAACGGUUAUGUUCCUAAGCAAAGCGCUGCCCAGAGCAUUGGCGCUCUCAAGCCCGCUGCAGCGAACCACGGCAGCACUCUCAAGCCCGCUGCAGCGAACCACGGUAGCGCUAUCAAGCCCGCUGCAGCGCACCACGGUAGCGCUCUCAAGUCCGCUGUAGGGCACCACGGUAGCGCUCUCAAGCCCGCUGCGACGCAGAACGGCACCGCUCUCAAACCCGCUGCGGCGCAGAACGGCAACGUCGCUAAACCGGCUGCGGCGCAGAACGGAAACGCGCCCAAGCCGCGUGUUUCUCAAGACGGUAGCGCUGCGAAGAAUGGUGUGACGCAAAACGGUAGCGCCCUCAAGCCCAAGACGCUCCCGCCUGGUAACGCCCCGGGGUCGUGCACAGCUCUGGCGGUGUCCGGCCCCAGGGGCGAGCCCGCAGCGCGGGCCGGCGCCGGUCCACCGACGAACGCGGAGGCAGUGGGCAGGUCAGCCGACGACAAACACUGUGAGGACAGCGGCGUCGACACCGACUCGUCGGAGCGGGCCGGCCUGGACAGCGCCAGGUCGCCCAUCGACGUGUACGACUUCGAUGCCGAGGCCGAGGACGAAACGGCCGUGCAUCUGAAGGGCUUACCGACGGCGCCGGCGCCGGCGCCGGUGACCAGCCGGCCACCGCCCGCCCGCGCGGGGAAGUCGCCGGCCCGCCUGCCGCCACGACCGACACCCGCGCCGCCCGCUACGUGCCUGGCGCCGCUGCCAGGCCUGCGUCCGAUCGGUGCCGGCGCCGGCGCCAUCCCGCUGAUGACGGGCCAGCUGGACCGCUUCCUGCAGAUGGUCACACAGUCAGCCGUGUCGCAGCCCAACGGCUCGUGGCGACUGCCGGCCGACACGUCGUCUCUGCUGACCCGCGUGUCGGCCCCGGGCCCGGCCCAGGUCACUGCGGCCAAGCGGCUCAAGCCGGUCUCUCUGAAGCCGGCGCCGGCUAAGGUGGUCAAACACCGCCUGAACAGCGCGCAGGGUAUCCAGAACCUGGUCACCAACGAGAUCACCAUUACCAAGAUCCCGAACACCCCGGCGCCUCGCGUUACACUUCACAGUCCGCCGGUGUGCGGUGACCGCGCCGGCAGCAGCGUCACCAUCGAGAAGCUGCUGGCCAUCGCCGAGAGCCUGGCCCUCCGCAAGAUCCAGAGUCAGCGGCAGGGCGAGGCGGCGGCACCCACCGCCGGCGGCGGCCAGAAGUCACCCUCGCCAGUCCAGCCGUCGGCACUCGGCAACCUCAUCUCGCUGGCGCAGACGCAGCAGUUCCACAAGCAGCAGCAGCAGCAGCAGCGACAGGAGGCGUGCUCGUAG